GUUUUCGAGAAAUACACUCAUUUGCAAAUCAAUUUAGUUUUCACCAGAGACUCAACUGAAUCUCUCAUUUAUGAUGUUCUACAACUGAAUGUGCUGCACACAGGCCGUCUCAUGUUUCAUGAGAAAGAAAAAAGAAAGCGUCCAGCUGUAGCACCCUUUCGGUGCCUAGCUGCCAUGCCACCCGAAGGAAGCACGAGGGCUGGGACACCGCUAGGUUGCCCAAGCCUAGACAGGGGAAGUCGAGAGGCGGAGGAACCUCAACAGUACUCAAUUUCUCACGUGAGAUUGUCUUGGCAGGCCUCUCUAUUUGGUACAGCGUCACAGCUACACUCUCAUAGUGAACUCAUUCCAAUUUGGUCUCUUCCCGACUCAACUGGAAUUACUGGAAAGAACAGUUGA